AUGCUCUCCAAUACAAACGAAACUACUCGAAUUGCUACCACCCUUGCAACUGAAGGAAUACGAUGGCACAUGAUCCCACCUCGUGCCCCAAACUUCGGUGGUCUAUGGGAAGCCGCUGUGAAGGUGGCGAAGAAACAUCUAGUUCGUCAGUUAGGCAACACAUCUCUACUGUACGAGGACCUAGUGACGAUACUGUCGCAGAUUGAAGGAGCCAUGAACUCAAGGCCAUUGGCACAGUUGUCAGAGGACCCUAAUGACUUCGAAGCCAUCACUCCAAACCAUUUUUUGAUUGGCUCACCACUUCUGGCCCUCCCCCAUCCGGAUUUGAAGGACGUUCCGGUAAACCGCCUGAGAAACAGGUACCAAAUCAUCCAACAGAAGCAACAGCAGUUUUGGUACCACUGGCAGACAGAGUACCUGAAGGAGCUGCAACGGCAGUUUACUAGUAACCAGCGCCAAGUUGAUCUCAAGGUCGGCCAAGUGAUGAUUAUGCAAGACAACCUCCUGCCACCCGUGCGCUGGCCACUAGUGCGAAUCUUGGAGUUGCAUCCUGGACUAGACGGUGUAACACGUGUGGUAUCCGUGCUCACAUCAACCGGUGUGACGCUGACGCGAGCCGUGACGAAGCUAUGUCCGUUACCUAUGACGGAUGAGGAGGAUCGAGAUAUGCAGGGGAAUUCAACCCACAAUCCCGAUGACAUCGCAAAGGAGUCCUCGGAGAGGCUGAAUUUGAUUAAUUUAGCUUAG